GGGGGCCGCCGGGGGGUCCCGGCUCCGGGGCCUCCUCGCCAGCGGCGAGUGCGCGGCGCCGGCCCGGCCGAGAGGCGUCGUCGGCGCGACUGGAUCGCUCCUUGCCGCGGCGGCUGCCAAGGGACCGUCGCCGUCUCGUCGCCUCAGCGUCGCUGUCUGGGCCCAGCCCGCGCUGCCGCCCGCCUUACCUUUCGUCCCUGGCCGGGCCUGCGGGAUGUUCAUUUUAAAGAUUCUGUGAAGAUGAAAAGGGAUAUCUUAUGGCUUUAUGAAAUAUAAAGCAAUACUGUCUGACAUGACGGCAAAAAAUGUUGGUGUGACUUCCACAAAUGGAGACUUGAAAGGAUUUAUAGAUCAGAACCAGAGUCCAACAAAAGGUAAUAUUUCAGUAAUCGCAUUGCCAGUUUCCAGCACCAACUCUCCGACUAAGAUUUUGCCAAAAACCUUGGGACCAAUCAAUGUGAAUGUUGGACCCCAAAUGAUCAUAAGCACACCGCAAAGACUGACCAGUUCAGGGAGUGUUCUGAUUGGGAGUCCGUACAACGCAGCUCCGACAAUGGUCACGCAGACACACAUAACAGAGGCUUCCGGCUGGGUCCCAGGGGAGCGAAAACGGACUCAAGAAAUUAUAGAGUCAGAUUUUUCAGAAAGUAAGAGAAGCAAGAAAGGAGAUAAAAAUGGGAAGGGUCUGAGACAUUUUUCAAUGAAAGUUUGUGAAAAAGUUCAACGUAAAGGAACAACUUCAUACAAUGAAGUCGCUGAUGAGCUCGUAUCAGAAUUCACAACUUCUAACAGCCACCUAGCAACAGAUUCACAGGCUUACGAUCAGAAAAAUAUUCGACGGAGAGUUUACGAUGCCCUCAAUGUCCUGAUGGCAAUGAACAUCAUUUCAAAGGAGAAGAAGGAAAUCCGAUGGAUCGGCCUUCCUACAAACUCAGCUCAGGAAUGUCAGAAUCUAGAGAUAGAAAAACAGAAGCGGAUUGAAAGGAUAAAACAGAAGCGAGCCCAACUGCAAGAACUGCUACUGCAGCAAAUAGCAUUUAAAAACUUGGUACAAAGAAAUCAGCAAAAUGAACAGCAAAAUCAAGGCCCUCCAUCUUUGACCUCCACAAUACAGCUGCCUUUCUUAAUAGUCAACACUAGCAAAAGAACAAUUAUAGACUGCAGCAUAUCAAGUGAUAAAUUUGAAUACCUCUUUAAUUUCGAUAAUACUUUUGAGAUUCAUGAUGACAGCGAGGUGCUGAAGAGAAUGGGAAUGUCCUUUGGGCUCGAAGCAGGCAAAUGCUCAGCUGAGGACCUAAGAACUGCAAAAUCACUGGUGCCAAAAGCUUUAGAAGGCUACAUCACAGAUAUGUCUGCGGGAUUUUCCUGGAUAAACCAAGGGUUACUUUCGAGUUCAGCACAAGCAGUUUCCCAUUUCGAGGCAGCUGGAGGCACUUAUGAUGCUAAAUCAAGUGAGAAUCCAGGGUUGUGUUUGGAUGCUGAAGUGGCCUUAGCAACUGGGCAGCUGCUUGCCCCUAGCAGUCAGCAGUCCAGCAGUGCAGCAUCCCGGGGGGAGACGCCCUGCUCCUUCAACGAGGAAGACGAAGAGGAUGAAGAUGAGGAUUCUUCCUCCCCAGAAUGAGGACAGUAGAAAAUGGAAAAUGCUGCUCAAAUAUUCUUAAUGGGAGUGCCUGUUUGGAUUUUACUGGUUUCUUGCCUUGGUUUGCACUGCAUUUGGUGAACCAAAAUGGAAGCUUCAAAACAAGUUUAUCCAUAGCUGAAAUUGAAGAAUUGUGUAAGUGAACACAGAGUGACAUGCAGAGACAGAGCAAAGUGGGUUUUAUAAACUAUAAAUGAGGAAAAGAACAAAGUCCCUGGAGAUUGGGCAAAGUAAACCUUAAGAUCAUCUUUUCCAUUUUGGGACUCAAGUCUCUGUUUUCCCCUUGUCUUUUUCAGACGGAGAAGAAAAGUCAGUCAGUAAAAGCCGAUUCUUGUGUUGUCUUUUGGCUGUGCUGCCUUUAGAAAAAGGGGGAGAGAGCACAUACAAAUGUGCUAAAAUCGUUAUUUAAAACUAUCUUGUAUGAAAGUGGUUAUAGGGAAAAGGAGCUGUUAAAAUGUUUGCUUUUUUCUGUUCAACUUGCUGUAUAGAAGAUUCUUAAAGUAAUAUAAAUUGCAAGUGAUUAAAUGAA